AUGGCGACUCCGCAACAGAAAGCGUUUUGCGUCCCACGUUUCAAUAAGCGCGAGUCGGCAAUAACCGUUCAACGUGAUUUUCGAAGAACUUACGGAACUGAAGCUCCUACUGCUCAAAGCAUUCGACGUUGGCACCAAACGUCCCAAGAAAGUGGUCGUCCGUGUGCACAGAAACGCUCAGGUCGACCUCGUGCCUCUGACGAAAACACCGAGCGUGUUCGACAAAGUUUCGUUCGGAGUCCACAGAUGUCUACACGUCGUGCAGGCCUAGAUCUCCCACAUUCGACCGUUUGGCGUGUUCUACGGCGUCGUUUGACAUUGAAGGCGUACCGACUACUACAACCGUUACAAGUCCUCCUGCCGGAAGACAAACGAAAAAUGAUUGAUUUUUGCGAUUUCAUAUACGAAAAACGAGGAGAAAAUGAAUCGUUUGUCUCACGCAUUGUUUUUUCGGACGAAGCCACAUUUCAUGUAAGUGGAAAUGUCAACCGCCAUAAUGUCAGGAUUUGGGUUUUUAGAGCAAUCACACGCAACUGUUGA